UUUCUUUCCUUAAGUUGUAAUAAUAAUAUUUUUAAGUAAUGACUACGUUUAAUCAGCAAUUAGUGGAUUUUCUAAAAGGCUGCGGAGUUUGCCAAAUAUGCCAAUUAAGAUAUUUAAAAGCUCGUGGCAAUGAAUAUAAAGAUUUAAAGGAGAGCUUUGAUAAGUUGAAAGUUAAGUAUGAAGAAGAAACUGAAGACGAAGAAACAGAAAGUGUUGCGAAAAAACCAAAAUUAGCGGUAUGUCCUUGUUGUUUGGGUCUUUUUUCAAAAGAAUUCCGAUCCCAUCUAAUUGAGCGUAUAUUAAAAACUGAUAUACAGAAUUUUGAAUGUAAUGACAUUGUUGUGGCCAUUAGUAUGCCUAUGCUAGUACAAGUUCGUCAAUUAUCUAUGUGGUUUGCUUUAAUCGACAAAUUCGGUCCCAGAAUAGAUAAAGAUAAAGCCCUUGAUGUGCCCUUAAAGGAGGCCGUCAAAUUAAUUAUUAACCCAACUGUAUGUGAGGAACUGAAAAAGGAGUAUGAGGCUAAUGGAAUUAUGAUUAAUAUACAAGUGUCACAUGUUCAAGAAGCUGAAGAAUUGGAAAAAUUAAAACAACUUCAUGACAAAGCAUUUCCAACCGCUCCAAAUUCAAAACGCCAGGUUAUAUCUAGAGGAGUUAUGGAAAAACAAUACACUCCGAAGAGGGUGAAGGAAGAAAUGUUUAAAGAAUUUUUUCCAGUACCACCUCCAACCGCAUCUGAGCAUUUAACAUUGGAAUCCAUAGAUUUGACAGGCCCUACAGUGUUUGUAGCCGGACGCUAUCGUAAGAUCUCGCGCGAAUUGUCCCAUACGCCCUGGGUACUAAAUGGAAAACGUAUUAUGGACGACAGUAUUGAGGAAGUUAUUAUGAGAGCUGUAACACCGCAUUUUUGUAAGGACUCUUCAAAAGCGAUAUUCAUGUCUAGCGGCCGCGAAGACGUUGAUGUCCGCUGUUUAGGCAAAGGUCGUCCCUUUGUAUUGGAAAUACCCAAUUCAUUUCGCACCACUCUAACGCCUUCUGAGGCAAAUCGCAUGGAAAAAGAAAUUGACAAAUCUCAAAAAUUAUCAGUGCGCAAUUUACAAAUGGUUAAACGUGAAGAAUUGGUACACAUUAAAUCGGGUGAAGAACAAAAGAAAAAAUACUACCGUGCUUUGUGUGUACUACAAGAACCAGCUACCGCCGAAAUUUUGAAAAAAUUAAAUGUACCAGAAGGCUUUGAAAUACAACAAAAAACACCCAUACGUGUUUUACACCGAAGACCACUGCAUACGAGACCUCGUAUGAUCUAUAAGCUAAGUGCCAUGGUGCAGAAGGAAAAUCCCAAAGUUGUAGUUCUUGAUGUUGUAAGUCAGGCUGGUACAUACAUAAAGGAGUUAGUGCAUGGUGAAUUUGGUAGAACAACACCAUCAGUGUCUUCCAUAGUUGGACAACCUGUUGACAUAAUGGCCUUAGAUGUUAUGGCUAUUGAUUUGGAUUGGCCCAAAGAAAUCGACAAUAGUUUAGAAUCUGAAAUGUAAAUAAUUUAUUUUCUUGACUGGCUUUAAAUAAUCUUAAACCCUAUAAUAAAAAGCAUUGUUUUAUUUUUUUUUCUAAA